UAUUGGCUACCUUCUAAGUUAAUGGUUGUUUGCAAGACGAGUCUGCCACAAUGAAAGAAAAUUGCAGAAAUACAGUGUAUUUAUCUAAGCUAUUUAGCAUUUCGCACACUGGGGGUUUAAACUGAAUUUUGAAGAGGACUUUUAUUUUGACGCUCUCUCCGCCAUAUUGCCGCCGCUAGUUCAAUCGAACUGGAGUUACAGCAAGACUUUGGUUGCAGUGAAUGUAUAAUAGAUAUAAGAAUACCUUUUUAUGUUUAUGCAUUGUACACGUACUUAUUGCGGAGUUGUCGAAUGCAAUUCGUGGUGCACGUGGGUCUUAUUAAACUCUUACUAAACCUAAAGUCACGUUUUAGGUUAGGUUAGAAUUCUUUCUGUUUUUCAUCAUAGCAAUGUGACGUUACAUAGCCUAGUGUAGGUGACUGGCACACUAAAGCUAAACUGACCUAUCAUAUGCGGCAAAAGUACAGCUUUGCACGAAAACAAUAGAUUUUAGAUCUCUCUGAGCACAGUAACUAAUUAGAGAUGUAUCUAACGAUAAAGUGUGCAUGUAUAGUGUCAAGAAAUACGACAUACUGUCGUGCCUUUCUGAGUUCGCAAACACAAAGGCUAACGUUUACUAACAUUGUUAUCGCUAGCUAGAAACCUCGAAUAAGAAAGGGGAGGUGUCUUUAAAACACUUAACCGAUUCGGAAGAUGUACUUUGCUAUUUGAAUAAACUUUGAGCUAAAAUGCGAAACCAAUUAUCAUCAGUAUGGUGUGUGUUGGGUACAAAUCGCCCUGGAUUUUAUUUUGGCACUACUCUACUAACAGCGUUGAACGUCUUGGUGUGGCUCUGUGGUAUUCAGACUAGCCUCACCCUGGGACCAGGUGGCGAAUUCCCAAGUUUGAGAGGUUGGACUUUCUACGCUUUCAGCCAUGAAGACCUAAUAUCGCUUGUUUGUGACAUCGCUCUUCUUGUGUGGCUUGGUCCGUGCCAGGAGCAGAGAUGGGGUACGGUGGCCUUUAUCGCUCUCACCCUGCUCUCUACAGUACUCCUUCCUCCUCUCUACACACUGGCUCUAUUCAUCACAGAUGAUGAGACCAGCAGAAUUAGUGGCUUUUCUGCUGUCCAGCUGGCACUCUUCACUGCACAGAGUCAGCAGGUGAAGCAGAGGAGACUCCUGGGCUAUGUUCCUAUCUGGCUGCUGCCAUGGAUGCUCCUUAUACUUCACUUUUUCCUGCUCCCUGGCACUCCCGGCAUGCUUCACUUCUGUGCAAUCUGCUUGGGCUACAAUUACACACCGUCGCUGAUUGGGAUUAUUCAGCGGCUUGAGGACAAAUGGUUCUCUAGUGUUCUGCCUGGCUGGGCUUCUGCAUCUGUGAGAGCCAGAUAUCAGUUACCAACCCACCAUAUUCAACAAAGAUCAGAGGGCCAUCUCCAGCCUCUACCAGUGGAAGAGUCGGACUUCCUCAUCACAACCCAGUUUGAUUCCUUCUCAUCUCCCCAGACACCGCAGUCUGCUGCAUCAGACACACAGGCACUGGACGAUCAGAUGUUAGAGGCAGGAAUUUUGGCAUCAUUACAGUAUACCACAGAAGGAGUACAGAAAAAAAUAGAGGUGCCAAAAUCCUCUGUUUCCUCCCUGAGGCUGCAGCAAUUGCAGAAUAUGGGCUUUACGACAGAGAAGGCGGUUGUGGCCCUGGCAGCCAGUGCACAGCUGGACGGAGCUAUAUCCCUGCUCAUCAAUGGCCAAGUUGGGGAAGAGGCAGUGAUGAUCUCCAAGGGCAAGAAGACCCCUCGUUCUUAGAUACACACGGACAUUAUGGGCUUUCAUCUAAAACUCUGGAUAGAACCAAUCAAAGGCUGUAUUGUUAUUUAGCUAUGUUGUAUUUAUUUCGAUAAUUGCAACCAUGUACGAUGUAUGAACAAACCAGUCACAGGGGACAUAGACCAAAGGAAAUGACUUGGUUAGAUACGACCAGGGAUAUUAACAAUUUACAGCUGAUUUCCCCCCUUAACUAUGGAAAGGUUGGGAGGCCUGAUGCUUUAUGACCAAAACUAAAAUAUUCUAAAUGAAAAAUGUGUUAAAAAAUGUUAAUUUAUUUCAACAAAAAAAAUUGUUUUGCCAUAUUCUUCCAUUAAUAAAAUAUCACGUCUGUUACAGCCUCUGCUUUUAGGACUACCAUUCCACAUGUUGAGCUGCAUUGUUACAGUCAACGGGUCAUUUCCAUACAGUCUGCCAAUGUGUCAAGAGUUUUACAGCUGACAUGAUCAUAUCAGUGGUUCAUCAAAAGGGUUUUCUCCUUGGUGAGAAGGUGUUCUCUCCAGGUAUUAUUUAUUACAGACCUUUUAAAAUGAAGCUUAAAACUAAAAGGGAAACUUUAGGAUUUGUCAACGUCAUCUUUUCUGUCUGACAUAGCCCCCCAUUCAAUGCCCGUAGUCAAUUAGCCUACUGUGUAGUGCUGGAGUUGGCACUCCCUUCGAUAAUCAACGACAUGGGGUGCUAUAUCAGAGACCGGAAUAAGAGAAAGGUAAAACACUGACUGAACAAACAGUCAUUUUCUACAGUGUCUUUACAGUUAUUUAGGUAAACAGACGCAGGUGUAUCUUUGUAGGGAUCCUGUCAUGUUGUCAAACCCUUAUAAUAACAGUUCCAAGCCUGUCAGUGGCGGCUUACUUUGACAUGCAUGCUUGCUCCAUGGAAUUCCAUUGUGUAGCCAUUUUGCAUUGGCCAGUUUUAGCAUUCUAACUCAAUACUAGACCGAUUUACAUAGUUUUUGUCAGUGAUUCAUUCUAGCCGAUUUGGGUCACUCCAGUGGCCUGCCGUCAGGGCAAGCAAGGCCUGGCUAGAUCUAAAAAUAGACAUGAAUUUGAACGAUAUUGUUGCGGUAAAUACCUGUAGCAUAGCCCUUGUCUGUCCGUUUACGAUCUAAUAUUACUGUUUGAAUUAAGUUUUGCCCUUACUGCCCUCUUGUGGUCGUUCCGCUGGCCUGCAAUAAUGACUCUGGAAUGGAUGUCAGCUAGCUCUCCAAACAGCUUGUUUAAUCCAAUGGCGUGAGUGUAUUUUACUUUGAUGACAUAACUGGUCUCAUUGACGAACAGUGGGGCUUGUCAAGCUAGCGGGAGAUCAACUUUUUCGUGUAGAAAUAAAAUUGCUAAAAAACCUGUCCAUGGGUGAA